AUGAGUUAUCCACAACAUUUCGUUUUACCACCAGGUCAUAAUAAUUUCAUCAACAGCAAUGUUUAUUACAAUGAACCAGAAUACUAUAUUAUAAAAAGAUAUGAUGAUAUUAUUUCAUAUAAAAGAGAAAUAGAUGCAUUAAUUCCAUUGAAAAUGGCAAAGAAUAUUAUGAAAAUUAUAGAUUAUGAUUCACAUAAGAUGGUGGUUGUUA